GUAGGGUUUAUGUUACAAAAAAAUUUUGCGACUUGAACCGUCUCUUUCUUCGACAAGUUUGCAGGCUUGCAAAUAUUAAAAACUCAUUUGAUGCCUUGAUGCUAACAGAGUGGCAUUAUUAACUCUUGACUUGUUAUAAAAUAUAUAAAUUAAAAAAUUUAAUUGAUAAUGGGUAAUACAACAGCACGUGAUAAUAACAAAGAAGAAGAUCAAGAAGCAAUUUUAAAUACCCCCAAGAAAUCAAAGACUUAUUGGAAAUAUAAAUGUACUUUUUAUAUGUUUCUUGUAAUACUAAAAUGUUGGGUAUUAUAUUCUGUGAGUCAACGAUCUUCUAACGUACCCACCUUUACGAUUCAUGAUGAUGAUUUAAGGAGGUCAAACGAAGCAUAUCAAAAUAUAUAUACAAAUUAUGCACAAUAUACAGCUAGAAAUAAGGAAAUGUUAAAUUUUAUUGAUGAAAAACUGUAUGACAAUUCGAAAAUAGGCUCACUUGGUUCUACAAAUGAAAAUUUAUUGAUGAAAAAAUUAUCAAGUUUGAAUGAUGGAGAUGAUAAUAAAUGAUAAAUGAGUUGAAAUUUAUCAUCAAAUAUAAUCAUUACGACAAAAUUCAACAGAAAAUAUUUCUACUAAUAAAUAUCCUGUUUUAAAAUGAAUAAUAUUAUUUUUUAAUUUUACACAGAUAAAAAUUCAACAUUAAAAAAUAAAAAAUAACUUUAAUAUACUAUUUUUUUAGA